GUCCGUGUGACCGCGCUGGUCGGGCUGGCCGCUCGCGCUGCUUCCUCAGACCUGCCGCUUCCCUUUUAACCUGGAAACGUAACGGGGCUUCGCUGUGUGGCCAUUAAAACAGAGCCAACACAAACGUAAGAAUGAGGGACUGAGCCACAGCCUGGAGGAGUCGUAACCGCCGAUCGUGACAGGCUGGGGAUUGGCAUUUCUUUUUAGACAGCUGUUACUUAGACGUGGAUUUUGACAAACCGAGACACAAUGGGAAUGUAAUCUUAGUAGUUACUGCUUUGCAAACAAAUUUUUCUUAAAAUGUUUUUCCAAAAUACACGCAAAAGGACAAGAACAUUCCCGAUUUUAUCUAGUUCCUCACUUCCACAGCUGUCUCUAGGUGGUUGUUUUUCCACCCUCCAGUUCUAGCUGAUUGAGAACAUCCUUCCUGACCUCUCCCGUCUCCCGCGCCUAGUGAUAGCCCACUCGCCUUACCCCUCAGCCCUCGCAGCACAGGGCUUGCUCAGUCUGUGUUCUCCCUGUGAGUGAGGCACAGUGGGAGCUCCCUAUGGCCUCCCUCCCGUUUUGCUGCUCUCCAUCCUCUCAGGAGAAACAGUGCCCAGAAGCUGAUGAGCACAUGCAGGUGCACACAGAGGUCCUCACGGCAGGGGAGGACAGCGACAUCCUUGGGGCAGCAGGUGCCCAACAAGUCGGGAUCUAAGAAACGGGAAGAGUGGGUGUAAUGCAGCAGUGUUCACGAGAAUAACACCCUCCUUCACCAGUCCAAAGUCCCACCAGAGUCCUUGCUGGUAGAGAGGCCUUGAUGCAGCUGUACCUAGACAAGAGGAGGACAAGAACUGUGCUUGUCAAACCACCUCAGCUGCUCGCACAGGAAAAGCUUUCGGCCAAAAUGCCAGCUGCAAUGCCAUCCUACUCUGCUGACUCAGACCGGGGCAUUCUCACUGUGAGUCUGUUGCUGUGACAUCACUGAACAAAAUGCCCAUUUCCCCGAGCAAAGAAAAUCUUGAUUUCCCAUCCUGAUUCUCCUUUGUUACCCUUGUGAAGUCAAGCUGCCCAGCCCCUGAUAGCCCUGCUCUAGACUUGCAGAGUGGCUGCCAAGGCCUUGCUUUCCUGUGCAAGCCACCUCACACUUCCCCAAGCCCAGAUGAGGGGUGAAGCAGCAGAAGAAGGAGCAGAAGACAACUACAAGUCACUGGAAUUAAAGCAGCCAGGAGGACCCCAAGGCAGAGGGUGAUGAUCAUACAGACCAUACCCAUUCUUCAAAGUGCUGCACAGCUCCAGAGAAGUGCCUGGAUCCAGGAGGUUUCUGGUAAGGGUGGACCUUAACACAGACCUUUUCAAAGCCUUUUGGACCACCUGUAACAAGGACAGCUGUGGGCAAGAAGGUUUCCAGGGAAGACCUAAAGAUGUUCUGGAUCUUCUGCGGUAUAGACCAAAGGAAUAUGGACUCUUUAACUGUACUUUAAAAGUCAACUUACAGCACUAUAGUAAAAAGAUGAUAAAGCUAGGUGUUAAUCUUUACAUCAAUCAGGUCACUCUAUGCCUGGAGCUCAUUUGCCUUGCAAAUACUCUAUUGUUACAUUCUGUGCCCCUCCCCGUUCACUUAAAUUAUUAACUCCACCCCAGAAAAGAACUUUUGUCGCAAUUUCUGGAAGAGAGACGGGUCGUGCCCCUCAAACCAUGGGGCCUGUCAGCUACUCCUCAGAGACCUAUGACUUGAGCCAGGUGGAACUGAGUGGUUACUAUGAAGCUGAGAACACCACCCCUUCUUUGGAGGGCUACUUUUGCUUCAACCCAGCCUCAUCUGUUGUUGGCAACCAGGGAGACCCCUUCAGAAAGGUCUUCAUGCCCCUCAUCUAUCUGCUGAUGUUUGUGUUGGGGACUCUGGGCAAUGCUCUGGUCCUGGUCAUUUUAGAGAGGUUCAAGCGGUCUCGUACCACCACAGAAAACUUCCUUUUCCACCUCACCCUCGCCAACCUGGCACUGUUGCUCACCUUCCCAUUCAGUGUGGUGGAGAGCCUGGCUGGGUGGGUAUUUGGGAAGUUCCUUUGUAAGAUACUCAGUGCUGUCCACAAGAUCAAUUUCUACUGCAGUAGCAUGCUGCUGGGGUGCAUCGCGGUGGACCGCUACCUGGCCAUCAUCUAUGCAAUCCACACCUACCGCAAACGCAGAGCUCGCUCCAUCCACCUCACCUGCACGGCUGUAUGGCUCUGCUCAUUGCUUCUGACUUUACCCGAUCUCAUCUUCAUGGAAGUCUGGACAGAUGACAGCAACCGCAGCAUUUGCUAUUUUCCAGAGGUUGGGAUUGAUGGAAACAAUGCAUGGCUGGCAACUCGCUUCCUCUACCACACCGUGGGCUUCUUUGUGCCCCUGCUGGUCAUGUGUUACUGCUACAUGGCCAUCAUCCGGGCACUGUGUCAGUCCCAGCGCCUGCAGAGGCAAAAAGCUGUCCGUGUGGCCAUCCUAGUCACAGGCAUCUUCCUCCUGUGCUGGAGCCCAUACCACAUUGUCAUCUUCCUGAACACACUUACCAAGCUGGAAGCCUUCACCAAGAACUGCCUCCUGGAAGACCAACUGGACACAGCCAUCAUGGUGACAGAGGCCAUCGGCUUCACACACUGCUGCCUCAACCCCAUUCUCUACGCUUUUAUUGGGGUCAAGUUCCGUAACGACUUUUUCCGGAUCCUGCAGGAGCUUGGCUGCAUAAGCCAGCAGACCCUGCAGGAGAUCCUGGAGGUGGCAAGGAAGGGUAGUGGGAUAGAGUCUGACAACACCACCUCCAUCUCCACUUUCUAGCUGGGAAAGGCUGCCUGCGGGGCAGAACUGGCCUGGGUCUUUUCCUUCCCAGUGGCACACUUGCUGUGGUUUCAGUUACAAGUUUCACAAGCAUCCCUACAACUUUCUUCACUUCUCAGGAAACAAGUUCAAUAGCCACCAAACACCCAAAUCCCAUAAGACAUCUUGCUUGGCUCUUCCUGGUUCUCAAACUUGUAGAGAUCAUCUGGCAGGUGUUGGUGAAUGCUGGAAUGUCUGAUGGUCACUCUUGUGGAAUUGGAUGAAGAUGGUCACUCAAGCGGGUUGAAACUGACAUUCCCACCUCUCCCUUGAAAAACAGACUGCAGGCAUUUGUGCACAAAGUGCACAAAGCCAGGCACAGGACCGGGGUUCCAGGGUUAAGGGAAAAUGUGCAGCCAAGUAAAUGAGUCAUGUCAGUAAACAGGUCUCCAUUUCACUAGCUAAGGCUGGUACACACAUGCUCAAGGGAAGCCGUGGGACUCAGUGGCCAUCGCAACUGGAGAGAUGCAGGUAGGACUGAUGGGGGCUGCAAAGCUCAAUCCAAUAGCAUGGGCAUACAGUGCUGGACACUUCGACUGCAACAUUGUCCUCCUGCUGCAUAACAUCCCCCCAGCCCGCCACAACACGUUUAUCUUCCCAACACAGCUCAUGCCAGGAGGUCCUCCCACAGACUGAAAGAUCUGACUGUCACGGACUCCUUUCCUGACACCAGUUGCAUCCUUCCCCACUCAUUUGAUCUGUUUUACUGCUGUUAUGAUCUCCUGUGAGUGGCUGCUGAACUAAAUGCCUGACUAUGCAAAAGGUUUCCUUUAAGGAGGAGCACCAUCUGAGGAGAUGGCUUCUGUCUUGUGAGUGCACACAGGGGAGAGAAACCGCACAGCUUUGUAAAGCUGAUGGUGUAACUUUUUUUUUUUUGGCAGCUAAUUGUAUGGCUAUUUAUGGGUUCUGAGAGCAAGGAGACUCACUGCCCCACAGUAAGGGAAAGUCUCCUUUGUUUUUAGCAAAGCUAGAGGAAAUGUGGCAUUUUGCUUUGCACUAUGCUGUUAGUGUUCCUCCACCUGCACCUACAGGGCUUUCAGAGAUUAACUGCAUCCAGGUGUACAAAGGACAGACCUGGGUGGUGAUCUUGCCCUGAACUGCAAGUAUGCAGAAACUGCUCAGAUCAGGGCAGCUUGAUGAUAAUUUGCUUCAAAGUAAGAGCAGCAGCUUUCCCCAUCAUUAAUUCUUGCACCACAAGCUGGUGUGUGGGAAGUCCCAGCAGACUCAAGACAGCUUGCUGCUGCCUAGGAGGUCUUGUCACAGUUUAAUAUGGCAGCGGGCCCACAACACUGCUCCAUGACAUUUCUGUCCUAAAGAGUGCUGUGGCCUGAACUGUAGGAGAGCCAUACAUACCAAUGUCACCCUCCUCACAUGCACACUUUAAAAUCACCUCACAUUUUAAGCAAUGUCAAAACAAUGUUAGUUGUCCUGUGGCAACAGGAAUUUUAUGCUAACCUCACUUCUGAAGUUCAUCCCACUAGCAGAUGGCUCAGUCCCAGGUGAACUUCACAGUACUCAAGGGCCCUGCUAAAAAGACCCGCCAGUAUGGAAGGGGUCACAUUACCUCAGCCUGACUCAGGCGGAGAUCUCAGCAGCUUGAUCUCACAUUGUGACUUGAGGAGAAAACUCACCUAGUAUAAGGCAGUCCUCCAUCUCCGGCAGCACUGCAUCUUCAAAGAUUAAACUUUCAAGUAAUGGCAACUGUGGUUGUUCAGGCACAUGCAUGCAGCAGAGAAGGGCAAGUCUCUUAAGCCUGCAAUUGUGUUCUCCAUGCUUGUACCAGUGAGAAAACCCAUUGCAGAAGCAUUGUAAACACCUCCCCAGCAGGUUAUGGUGACAACUGUGUUUCUACAUGAAAAUGUUAUUGAAAAAAAUAAUAAUCAAAGUAUUCAAUAAUAAUCAAAAUUUUUACAAUGGUCACAAAGUAAAAGGAAAAUCUGCACUCAAAUGAGAGUGAACAGACAACACAUCUAUUGUUACUAUAGCUUUUAGCACUGGUAUGUACAAAACUUUAGGAAGUUUUGAGGCAAGCUGUAAUAAACAGGUGAAUAAAACACCAUCUUCUCA